AUGUUGGCCAUCGGCUUUAAGCUCAGCGACACGUCGACGGCUUCGCUUCGCAGCGCACUGGAUGAGUUCCUGGACAGAGAGUUCGCUUCCGGGACGGGCGCUGAUCAGAAGGCUACGCACAAGGCCGCACUGGACGAGUUUGCGCAGCUCAAGACUGAUGUGGAUCUAGUGCGCACGCCAUCUGCCACUUCCCGUCACGUGCUUUUGCGCUACUACGCACAGCUAGAGAAGAUGUCGCAGCGCUUUACGAGCGACAGCGGCUCGUCGGUGAACUCUUCUGUGCGCACGCCUCUGCAGCUGCAGUUCACAUGGAAUGACUCGUUCUGUCCACGCAAGAAGAGUACGCAGACGGGUCUGACGUUCGAGAAAGGCGCUGUUAUGUUCAAUAUAGGGGCUUUGGAAAGUCAGUUGGGCGUCGAGACAGACCGCAGCACAGUUGAAGGGCUCAAGACGGCCUGCCAUCACUUUAUGAAAGCAGCUGGAGCUUUCGCAGAGGUGAAGGACACAAUUGUAGAUCGGACGGUGGGUGUCAGAACGCCUGACAUGAGCUCGGAAGGACUCGGGAUGCUUAUGUACUUGAUGUUGGCUCAAGCUCAAGCUUGUUUCUACGAGAAAGCGAUUAAAGACCAGAUGAAGGAUGCGAUCAAAGCGAAGCUCGUGCAACAAGCAUUGGACUACUACGUCUCAGCACUCGAAUUUUGUCGCUCGCCUACGUUAGUGGGAGCUAUUGACAGGUCGUGGGGUAUGCAUCUGCAGUUUCAAGUUCAUUGCCUGCUUGCAGCUACGCAAUAUUGGCAAGGAAAGGCGUCCAAAGCAGCAGCACUAGAUCGAGGACGGGGUUACGGAGAAGAAAUUACGCGACUGGUUGUUGCAGAUGCGGAGUGUAGUGAGGCUUGCAAAUUGGCGACGCAGAAUAAACUACCUAUAUCGCUGUUGGAGUCGGCGCAAGCGUUACAGCGCUUGGUGCGGGAACACCUUGAGGCAGCAAGAAAAGACAAUGCCAGCGUAUAUUUGGAGAACGUGCCCAAGUUUUCCGAGCUACCAGUAGUGGGAAAAGCUGCCAUGGUCAAACCGGUACCGCUCAAGACCGAUGAGAUGCAGCAGGAACUUAGAGGUGUUGACAUCUUUGGGCAAUUCAUACCGAAACGUCUGCUACUGCGCGCUGACGAUGCAAAACGAGAGGUUAAAGCAAUGCUGGACCAAAUGGCGGCGAAAAUAUCGACGAGCAACGAAGCUGCUAAAGAGAGACUCCACUCCAUGGAGCUUCCUGCCUCUAUCGAAGCUUUCGAAAAGACCAGCGAUAAUGGUAUUCCUCGCACGAUAUGGCAGCGCAUUCAAAACGUCCAGUCAAGCACGGCUUCUACUGCGAUGCUUACCAGUGGAUCAAACGAGCACGUGGUAGCGGCUUUUAUUGAACAACAACUUCAUGAAAAUCAAAGUAUGUCUGACAAGGCCGAAAAGAUGCUGCGUAUGAUUGAGUUAAGCCUGAACCAAGAAGAAGUCGAAGACAACUUGUGUUUGCAGAAUUACGGUGAGAAGAAGUGGGGUCGCCCUCCGUCGUCCAUGCUGAACCAAAGCUUUCGAGCAGAUAUUGAUCGGUAUUGCCGAUUGAUAACGGAGGCCAAAGCAUCUGACGGUAUAGUUCAAGAGAAGCUUGACGAAAAUCAGGAGUAUCUUGGAGCAUUGUUGCGAUCCAAGGUCAGCCUUGAUCAAGAGUUACCGGAGCUACAACAUGAUGAUUCUAGCUGUAAAGAGGAUAUUGAGCAAGUAUCAUCGCUGUUGUUGCGGCUUGGGCAGCUUGUGGAGGAAAAAGACCAGGUUCUACAUGAUUUUAGGGGAUCUUUCGAAAGGUUCAAUGCUCUUCCUGCGCUGCUGAGUGAAGAUGUACUUGAUGAUGCCUCCGUUGUAACCGCGCUCGAAACUGAGAAGCAAUUCUUCCGUGAUCAUUUUGAGCAGAAAAUCUUCACUAUAUGUGAGGCAGAGCAGGCUUUGCUCAUUGACUUGGUGGAGGCCAAUGCCCGUUUUGAAUUGAAGAAAGAGGCUGAUCACAUGUUACGAGAGCGCCAGAAAUUUCUUCAGCGUCUGAAUGAUGCUGUUGACGUUUUUGAACAACUUGAAUGGCACGUGAAAGAAGGUGCGACGUUUUAUGGGGAGCUCAGCGCUCGAAUCUCGCAGUUGCACCAAACCGUUGCAGACCACUGUUCCGCGCGAGAGCUUGAAAAACGCGAGCUGGAGAUGAAUUUGACUGCUGACGAAGCAAUGCUACAGCGCGAAUCGAACGAUGCAGCUUUGGCCCAGAAGAUGAUAGAGGAUAUGAAUAUUCGCAAUGUAGCUACUGGGCCAAGUGCGAAUGAUGAGGAAUUAGCUCGUCGAUUGGCAGGAAGCACUCCACAGUAUUACCGGCCGGCACAGCAAGGACCGGUGCCCCCUUCAUACGAUUGGGCGAUAUUGCAGUCUCAGCAGCACCAACCAUAUGUGCACGCACCGUCCCAGCAGUCUCAACGCCUGCCUUCCUACCAAACUUUCUCAGCGGCAUCUGCUCCGCCUUCUGCACGCGAAAGUAGCUACAGUCAGCCACCGCAGCAACGAGACGCGCCACAGACAAGCAAUUUUUACCGAUAUCCCGGGCAGCACCAGCAGCCUCAGUACAGUCCACUUUUCCCGCCUGGUCCAGCUGGAGACUCCGUAUAG